UUUGUAUUUACAUACAUGUUCACCGUCUUUUCUUCUUCAGCUUUGCUCUCUCUAUACCCUCAAUAACCUUUCACAACCCGUAUACGAGUGUGUUGUGUGAAAGCAUAUAUACCCUUUUGAGUUUCUUGGCUGUCUUGUUGCCGAGCUAGCAUAUGACGGAAACAUUCUCUGAACCUUUUAGCAUAGCUGAGGGUGAAAAAGUCUGCCCCAAACUCACAAAUCUCAACACUUGCCCAUCAUGGACAGCGUCGUUCAGCAUCUGUUCAACCACUCGCGGCUGGAGAUCACGCUAGCCAGGAUAACAGAGUGCACAGCUGAUAGCUACAACAUCUCGGUAGAAUACCAAGUAACCGACACUGGCCCGGUCGGUUCCGUGAUCGACAGCAUGCUCGUCGACGUCGUCUACCUCGACCGGCCCUUCGGCAAGACGCAGCUGCCCAAGGUGAAGAUGCGCUUCAACGGCGCCCACGUGCACUUUGACGAUCAGACCAUCCACGUCACCGACAUGUCCAUCUGGCUGCAGUUCUGCUCGGACCUGACCCACAACGAGAAGCUGGUGUACCACCUCCGCAACGGCGAGGCCCAUCUCAAGGGCCCCUUUGGGACGACGGCGCAGAGUGGGUACGACAAGGAUAUCCACGUGUUGGGGAUGAACGGGUUCCCGGUCCUGAUCAAGGAUGUGGAUCGGGAGGAAGGGAAGGUCACGCUGACCAUGAGGAAUCUGAGCGCCUUUGAGAUUGACUAUGGGCCGACGGUUUUUGAGAUUCAGGAAGGUGGAGAGGAAGGGCAGUGGAGGACGAUUGCGAGGUUGAAGGGGGACUUCUUCACCAAGAGGGGGGAGUUUCAUGUUCCCUUCGAGGUCGAGACGGUAUCCUUGGACGGCGAAAUCCACCACGCUCAAGGGGGUGAGGUGAACGAGAGUGGGAUAAGUCCAGCAGCAAAGCAGUUGGGGUUGGAUGUGGAAAAGACAUACUAUUUCCGAGGGAUUAGGACGGACAAGGAGGGGGCAUGGACGAAUGAGGCGAUCAAGUUUAUUCGAAGUCCGAUCUUGUUGACGGAAAAGUUUAUUUCUUUGUACUGAUAGGACGGUUGGGAUGGAAUCAAAAUAAAGGGGUCUCGGAUUUCAAAUUCAGGGGAAGUAAACAAACCCCAAAGCCUUCAAAUGAUGUGUUCUUUUUUGUUUGCUGUUAGGCCACGGCAAAAUGGCCACCAUUCGUUUGCAGUUAGGCUUUCCUUCCACUUCAAUUGGUAGAUUUUGCAGCCGAAAGGAGACACAUGUGAAUCUGGAAGGCACGGUGCAGAUGAAGCCAAGCCCAGAAUUGUGAGGGGGAAGCUGCAAUUGCAAUUUUAUACGAGGGGUCCAAAAUGCAACAGUGUCCUUACACAACUGAA